CUAUUUAAUCAAAAAUAUGUAAAAUAUCUUAUUGGACAGGUGAGAUGAGUUACUCCGGCUUCCAUUUUCCCCCAAAUAUAAGUUCAAUAUUCCCCAAUCCCAUACAGUCAACCCCCUCUCCUUCCAAGAAAAACCCUAGAAUUGGUCAAUUUUGCCGAUAUUUGAUUUUUAUCGCUACAAUUUACAUAUAUCUGCGUACAUUGCUGAUUCUCAAUUCGAAUCAUCCCGAUCUCCGUACGCACCUUCCAUUUUCUGAGAAUUUUGUAUUAUGGCGUCGGAGAUCGAGGUGGUUGAGGAGGUGGAAUCGAGAGAUCAUCGGUCGGAGUCCUAUUCAAACGGCGGAGAGGGGGCGGCGACAACAUCGGCGGUGGAAGAUGAGAGCUUGCGGAACGACGUGUACACGGCUGCGGCGUACGGAGAUAUGGAGAAGCUGCAGCGUCUGGUUGAGAGCGAGGGUUGCUCGGUUUCCGAGCCAGACGGCCUUGGCUACUACGCCCUCCAGUGGGCGGCGCUCAAUAAUCGGACCGCUGCUGCUCAAUACAUUAUCGAGCACGGAGGUGAUAUUAGUGCUCGUGAUCAUACAGGCCAAACAGCUCUGCACUGGAGUGCAGUGAGGGGUGCAAUCCAGGUUGCUGAACUUUUGUUGCAGGAGGGUGCUCGGGUUAAUGCAGCUGAUUUUAAUGGCUACCAGACAACACACGUUGCUGCACAAUAUGGUCAGACGGCUUACCUGUGUCAUGUUGUAACAAAGUGGAAUGCUGAUCCUGAUGUUCCUGAUAAUGAUGGAAGAAGCCCAUUACACUGGGCUGCUUAUAAGGGAUAUGCAGACUGCAUACGUCUUUUGCUAUAUCUGAAUGCAUAUAGGGCACGGCAGGACAAAGAAGGUUGCACCCCUCUGCAUUGGGCUGCCAUUAGGGGUAAUUUAGAGGCAUGCACUGUUUUGGUGCAGGCAGGAAAGAAGGAAGACUUGAUGGUAACAGAUAACACUGGCCUUACACCUGCGCAGCUUGCUUCUGAUAAAAAUCACAGACAAGUCGCAUUUUUCCUUGGAAAUGCUAGAAAGUUGUUCGAGAAACGAUGGGACAGCAACAGCUUCCUUGGCAAACUUUCAAAAUUAGGACUUGCUCCAAUUCUUUGGUGUAUAAUUUUCCUGAUGCUUGUGGCAUAUAUACAUUCGGUCGUCACAGCUUCAAACCUUCCAAGAUUAACAGCUGGGUUUGGUCUUUUUGCCUGGAUGGGUGUAUUCUUGGCAACUGUUGGCCUAAUUCUAUUCUAUAGAUGUAGCAGCAAGGAUCCUGGCUUUAUCAGAAUGAACAUGCACAACCAAGAAAACAUGAAAGAUGAUGAACCUUUCCUGAAGGUUGAAAUAAACAAUCCUGCUUUGCUCGAUGGAAAUUGGUCUCAGCUUUGUGCAACUUGCAAGAUUGUUCGGCCACUUCGUGCGAAGCAUUGUUCGACCUGUGAUCGUUGUGUUGAACAAUUUGACCAUCAUUGUCCGUGGGUAUCCAAUUGCAUUGGCAAGAAAAACAAGUGGGAUUUUUUCUUGUUUCUUGUUUUGGAAGUUCUGGCAAUGCUGAUUACUGGAGCAGUGGCUCUUACAAGGGUGUUGACUGAUCCGAUGGCCCCAUCGACCUUCGGUGCAUGGUUGAGCCAUGCUGGGAAUCAGCACGUUGGGGCUGUAUCAUUUAUAAUAACAGACUUUUUCCUCCUUUCUGGUGUCGGAGUCUUGACUUGUGUACAGGUGUCUCAGAUUGCACGCAAUAUCACAACAAAUGAAAUGGCAAACAUAAUGAGGUACAGUUACCUAAGAGGGCCAAAUGGUCGAUUCCGCAACCCAUACGACCACGGCUGCAAGAAGAACUGUUCAGAUUUCUUGAUCAACGGUUACAACGAAGAUGUUGAGUACACUGAAGAAUCAACAGAGCCUGAAGGAAUUGGAAUGAUGCAAAUGACAAGGAAUAAUAAUGCAGAGCUUCCAAAUGGUCAUCAAACAAAUGGACACGAUAAUAAUCAUCAUCAUGUAAUUGACGUGAAUAAUAAUAAAAACUCGUCAAAUUCACAUCAAGGUGGGGGCCACGUUCAUUCUUCUCAUUGCAGCCAUAGUCAUAGUCAGAGUAACAGUAACAGUAAUGUUCCUUUAGGUUUGGGUGUCGGUUUAGGUCGCAAUGUUUCCCGUCCUGCUGUGGUUUCGUGAUUAAUCGUAUGUGCUGUUUUAGUAUUGGAAAAAAAUAUACAUACUUAAUUUGUGACACCCACCUACUCUGUCUAUAUUCACACGCGAGGCGUUUGUAUUUUUGUUUAAUUGUUGUUCUUUUUUCAUUCUUUGUUUAUACAACUUUUUCUUCUGUGUUGUAGCAUGGAAAGAAUAUAAAGUAAUUUUUGUACCAUUUUGAGAUCUUGUUUC